AUGGUUCCAAGUGACAUUGUAAAUAAAUGGUGUAUGUCUCGCAAUCAAAAUCAAACAAGUCCAGUUGUAUCUCCCGCAGAACCAACAAUGACACUUCAAAAAUGGGCCAGUGCAUAUCAUUUUGCAAAAUCCUCAAAAUUAGUAUUACAAUUACCAUCGAAAACAAACGGUUUUACCGAUUACUAUGUACCGGCUAGUGAUGUAGAAAAUAUGUCAAAAGAUGAAAUUCAAAGAUACGAAAGAAAAAGAUGGACUUCGUUUACACAAUUUAAGACACUUGCUGUCGAACAUUCGCGACGAAACAAAAAUAUUUCUUGUUCACCUGUAAAUAACUCUUUUUCUAUUCCCCGAAAAACAUAUUAUUUUGUUCGUUCACUUUCAAUGCCAAUCACACCAAAACAAGCAUGGGUAGAGCUGAGUAAGCUAAAAUUGUUGGGUCCGAAUGGUAAUUCACCGGGCAUAUUCAUCGUUGAUGAAUGUCCAUUUCAAGAGGAAGAAGCAGCUGCUGCUGCUGCAAGGUCCGGAUAUGAUUUCAUUGCCGGACGUGUACUUCCAAGUGCUGAAAUCUACAAAGAAGGCGCCUAUCGACUUGAAAUGAGAUUUUCAAACGAGUAUCCAAUGAAGCCUCCCCUAGUGCGCUUCACUACACCCAUCUACCAUGUGAAUGUUGAUAAAGAUGGCUUAGUUUGCAUCCCGAUUGUGAUGCAAAAGGAAAGGUGGAAUGCGACAAUAUCUUUGGCCGACAUUGUCAAAUCUAUCGUUGACGUUAUCGAUCAUCCAAAAACCGAUUAUGCAAUGAGCCCUGAGAUACUUAAAGAGUAUAUGGAAAAUAAGACCGAAUACGACAGUAAGGCAAAAGAAAUGGUGAAAAAUAAAGCCUUACCUCGAAAAUAA